CUAGAGGAGAAAAAGCCUGGCUGGGAUUCAGGUCCCAGCUCCUAGCAGCCUCCCAGUAGGCUGACUGUCAGAGAACCCCAAGUUUGUACUAGGGCGUUCUAGUCUCGACUGCCCCCUACCUCCGUGCAGCACGUUCCCUGCUUGGGUUGGCUGCUGGUCUGAGCAACCCUUUCUAAGGUGUGAAGCCCGUGGGCACCUGGCCAAGGCUGUAGAGAAGCCUGCAGCGCGGCUUCAAGAACAUAGGGAAGGAGGGGAGCAUGCAGCAGCCCAGUGGACCCUCAGACCCUGGUCCCCAGGGAUCCAAAAGGACAGCCCCAGGGCUGGAGGGGGGUUGUGUGAGGCCUUGAAUAGUGAGUGGGGUCAGUGUCCAAGCACGGACAGGCAGAGCCCGGGGGAGCGGCCUCGAAUCUCUGUAAUCCCCACCAACCCAUCCAGCACCCCCGGGGCCGACCACGUCUCUAGAUGCCAAGAGUCGACUAGGACCUUAGUCCCGCCCCGCUCUAGGAAACCAACCGAGCACAAUACCGGCGCCACUUCCGCCCAGGAAACUGGUUAGCGCCCGCAGUGCGUGAUGACGCACAUCCUUCCCAUGACGAACCCGGCUCAGGCGGCUUCCGACAGGUGGCUCUGGAGGCCUCAACCCUUUGCGAUUGGUAGUUAGUCCCGGAGUAUUAUGGGAAUCGAUGCCCUUUGGCCCCGCCUCUUCCCCUUUCGUCAAUUCCGGGUAGAUUUCCGUGUCCGCUCCGGUCUUCCGUGAUAGAGCAUACGUAAAGUUACACCUCCCGGCAGGCAUUAGGCAUUGGCCCAUUGCCUUCUGGGAGUUGUAGUUCUUUGGGCGUUAAAGUCGCGACAUUCAGCCCGCCGGAGACUCGGUUUCCCAGAAAGCCCAGCAAGAGUGGAAGGGAACCACGGCCUGAACCCCGCGGAACCGGCGGUACUGUGCGGGAAAAGCCGCUGGGUUUUGCGGCAUGCACGGAAACUGGAACAGUGAGCGCCCGCAUUCUUAGGCCCUCUCAACUACGAGUUCCCUGACAGCCCUCCCUCCGGACCCGAGUGGCGCCUGCGGUAGCGGUGUGUACCCGGAGAGGCUGCGUUCUGCUGAGAGCCGGUGAUGGGACGAGGGGCUGGUCGAGAGCCUCUGUCUCCAGCGUCUCCUAGCGCGCAUCCUUUAUAUGCCGACACUAUUCCGAUCUCAUGGUUUGACUCUCUCCUUAACUCUAUCUAGCCUGAAGCUCCACAUCUGUGCGCGCGAGGACGCACUUUAGCCACCCAGCUUCGCGAGUCCUCCGCCCGCCUGCGUGACCAGCCAGCGCCGGGCUGUGAGCAGAGGCGCCCGGCACAUAGUGGAGGUGGAGAAGGGUUCCAGGUCGGCAUGGCGGAGGCGGAGGCUGGCUUGGAGGCUGAGGUACCCACCGAGGAUGACACCCUGCCUUCUGACACCGUCUCCCUCAGCGGUUCGGACUCGGACCUCAGCUUACCUAGUGGUGCGGAGGUGCCAGUGUUGUCCCCGGAGAGGCUUUCAGGGGAAGCUCAGGAGGACUCCGGCCCUGAUGACCCACCUUCGCCCCCCACUGGCAUCUCCACCCCCGCAGCCCAGCCGUUCCUCCUCCGCGGCAUGAGCUCCACCUUCUCUCAGCGCAGCCACAGCAUCUUUGACUGUCUGGAGAGUGCAGCCCGGCAGGUACCGCCCUCUGCGCCCCAAACCAGUGUGACUGACAAUGGCAGCUUCAAAAGGCCCGUGGCUCCCCCAAGUCAGACUCCAGCGAGGAACCUGAGCAGAGUGCAUGAGAGCACCGGCCCAAGCAGGGUACCUCCUGUGCCCGAUUAUGUGUCCCAUCCUGAGCGUUGGACCAAGUACAGCCUGGAAGAUGUGGCCGAAGGCAGCGAGCAGAGCAACCGUGCCGCUGCUCUGGCCUUCCUGGGCUCUCGAAGCCAGGCAUCCCCCACAGACUAUGUACCCUCCUUCAACCAGGACCCCUCUAGCUGUGGGAAGGGGAGAGUGGUCUUUACCAAGCCAGUCCGAGGUAGUGAGGCCAGGGCUGAGAGGAAGAGGGUCCUCAAGAAGGGGAAUGUGUCAAGUACUGGGAGUGAGGCCUCUGUGGAGCUGGCUCAUCUGGCCGGGCCCGAGGCUGAGGAGUGGAGUGGCCACCAGGGACUGCAGGAGGUAGUGAUACCUUCAGGAGCUGACCAUCCUGGGUCCCCAUCAGACCCAGCAGGGGUGGAGGUUGUUGGUUUCCAUGGUAGCAAGAAGCGGAGCCGAGAACACUUCCGGAACAGGGACAGUAACCCCGAGGGGCCAGUGUCUGAGAGGGGCCCCUCAGUUUGACUGGUGCCGCCACCCCACCUCCUUACCACCCCACCUCCUCACCUGCCUAGGUGGGAAGCUGUGGGCUGUUUGUAGGAGGCUUGUGUGUGCAGCAGCUCUGGCUGGGACUGUGGGAAUUGUGGGACCUUGGAGGCCCUUGUGCCCCAGUGUCUUGGGGUGAACAAUAAAGGUUUGGGGUAUUUUUUG